CAGGCUGCUGAACGGUGGAUGGGAGUGCUUUUAUUCUGGAGUGGUAAACGGGAACGUUUCAGUUUGAUCCCCAGCCUGGUAGCUGUUUAGCUAAAGAGAUUGGUUUUUGAUCGAAGAAAUGGCUUCAAAUCCACCUGGACAAGGUUUUCAGAACAAAAACCGGGUUGCCAUUCUUGCAGAGUUGGAUAAAGAAAAAAGGCGCUUGAUACAGAACCAGUCCAUGAACAACCCAGGAGCAAGCAUCCCCCUUUCAAGACCAGCACUGAAUAAGGAUUUUCGAGACCAUGCAGAACAGCAGCACAUUGCUGCUCAGCAGAAAGCAGCUUUACAGCAUGCACACGCACAUUCCUCCGGCUUCUUCAUCACCCAGGAUUCCUCUUUUGGAAACCUCAUACUUCCCGUUUUGCCACGACUGGAGCCAGAAUAAUAGCAUGACCAUGCUGAGGAGGGACACUCAUACUUAAUGAAUUCUACAAUGAAUUAAUACUUUUUAAUAAAUUCUAAAAUGAAUUCUACAAUGUAUUUCCACAUUAUUCUCUCGACUGUUGGUAUGACCAAGGACGGACACAGAGUGCUAGUUUUUAUGUAUUUUUUGUGUUUUUGUAUUUGAAUUAAAUAGAAUUUGGACAAUUA